AUGGCUGCUCAAACUCCAACCAACGUGAAGAAGUAUCUCCAAAUCCCACCAACACUCAAACUGGCCGCGCCAGACAAGAAGAUGUUGAAAAUGAAGGAAUUGGUUUCAACUUGGAGAACUUUGAAUCCUACUUGGACUCCUGAUGUUCAAGCCAAAUUAGAACUUCUCCAGCAGAAAUACAUGAAAAGCAAGCUCAUGCUGGCCCUUGUCAGAAAUGUUGCUGAGAAGACAGUCACCAAGUUCCUCGGGGAGAACAAGCCACCCCGCAAAAAAUGUGGCUGGAACAGAUUCGUUGCAUUCAGCCUUGAGAGCUUAAAAUAUAGAGUCCCAUCCAAGGGUACUUUGGAAGGUUGGGAAGAUCAAAAUGUCAAUAUUGGCAAGGCCUGGCUGCAGUUGCUUCCGGAUGAAGAGAAAGAGGUCUUCAAGGAAGAUGACAAGGACAAUGAAGAGGCAGAAACGAGUCUGUCCCCGGAGGAAAUCAAACAAUACAUCCCUCUGUAUGAAAAGCUGGUCAACACCGAAAAAGUCAACAUUUUUGCCGCCAAGGGAUCCGAAUUACAGGGCGAAAGUGCCAGUGAGACAUACAAAAAAGCUUUAAAAAAAUAUUCUCAAGCUGAAUUCGGAGCUGCUGCCCGUGGCGAUGAAAGUUCAAUUUUCCCCAAGACUCCAAAUCCAGCCGAAACUCUAGCUAAGACUGAUCUGGAGCUAAAAAUUGAAAGAGUUCCAGAAGUGUAG